AUGCAUUCAAAAUCUGACGGUGGGAAUCAGAUUGUUUCAGAGGUGGUUCAUCAUCAUAAUUCAUCUUCCUCCAUUAACAGUUUGAACCCUUGGCAACGUGCUGCUGCUGCCUGCAAUGCAAGUUCUUGUAAUCGAGAGGAAUCUGUAGAGAAGUCGAGAGCAUUGGAAUCAACUAAUGGUUCGAAGUCGCCAUCUAAUAGAGAUGAAAAUGGUAACAAGGAAUCACCACCACAAGUCACAACCUCUCCCCAACAAUCAGAUGGAGAUUACAGUGAAAAAAGUCAAGAACUUGUUACAGGACCUCCUCACCCUCAACUUGUUAGCCACACAGUUGGAUGGACAUCCUCAAAUCCAUACCACGAUCCUUAUUAUGCUGGAAUGAUGGCUACCUAUCCCUUGGCUUAUGUUCCAUAUGGUGGGAUGCCUCAUUCAAGAAUGCCACUGCCUCCUGAGGUGGCACAGGAACCAGUUUAUGUGAAUGCUAAACAGUACCAGGCGAUUCUUAGGCGAAGGCAGGCACGCGCCAAGGCUGAGCUAGAGAUGAAGCUUAUCAAAUCCAGAAAGCCUUAUCUACAUGAAUCUCGGCAUCAGCAUGCUAUGAGGAGGCCUAGGGGCAUUGGAGGACGGUUUGCAAAGAAAACGAACACAGAAGCUUCACAAAAAAAAGAUGGAGAAAAGAGCAAUGGUUGUCGUACUCAGUCCCCAGCGUCAUCUAGUUCUGAUCAACCUGAAGCUUGGAAUGAUGAGCAUAGAACAAAAUCCGAGGAGAUGCAAAGCUCAGCUUCUAAAAGAAGGGAAGAAGCAGACUGUUCAGGGCAACAAUGGAACAGCAUUUCCUCAAACCAUCCUUCUCAAGCUCGUCUAGCCAUCAAAUGA